UCCUACUCAACAUGCCGACCCAAUAAUACGGAAGCCGUAAUCCUGGCUCCUCUCCCUAAAUCUCAAAAGGUCCUAACGAUCGCUCCUCCCUUCCAUUUUGUGACCCCAGCCAAGAAAAUCACAUCCCCCGGGGACAUCCCCAAAUUCCACGACUCCGCAGCGUCUAAAAAUUAGCUAGGAUUCAUUGUAGCCUUGUCAGAAUCCAUGUAUGGCCAUAAAAUCUUCGAUCCAUGCCACGAUUCCCCCACUAUCUCCAAGAUUGUUUCCGUUAUCGAAAUCCUGCGGGCUAUGGGUCGACCAAAUUCCACCCGUUCAACAAUCCUCUCGCUACGGCAACACCUCUUAUCGAACCUGGCAUGAACGCUUAACUGAAAACGUCGAAUCCCUCAUGCUUCGGUUCCUCCCCGACGAUCUCAAACCAUCCACCGUCGAAAUCAUCCCUUAUUUCACUGAAAGAUUCGGUAACUCGAGCCGAAUCGACUAUGGGACCGGCCACGAAACCAAUUUCGCAGCCUGGUUAUAUUGCUUAGCCAGAAUGGGAAUCAUUAAAGAAGAAGAUUACCACGCAGUGGUGGCUAGAGUUUUUGUCAAAUAUCUAGAGUUAAUGAAGAAGCUUCAGCUUAUUUAUUGGUUGGAACCUGCGGGCUCCCACGGGGUUUGGGGUUUAGAUGAUUACCGUUUCUUGCCGUUUAUAUUUGGGAGUUCGCAGUUGAUUGAUCAUAAGUACAUGAAGCCGAAAUCGAUUCAUAAUGAUGAUAUUUUGGACAACUUUUCGAGCGAGUACAUGUAUCUUUCUUGUAUUCAGUUUGUAAAGAAAGUGAAACAGGGCCCAUUUGCAGAGCAUUCGCCGUUGUUGAAUGAUAUAAGUGGAGUGCCUAAUUGGAAUAAGGUGAAUACUGGGAUGCUUAAAAUGCAUAAAGCUGAAGUGCUUGAAAAGGUUCCUAUCAUGCAGCAUUUCCUCUUUGGAUGGCUCAUUAAGUGGUAAACUUAUUUUGGGUUUAUUGUUUAUUGUUUCAUUGGCAUAAUCUAACUGUUUAUAAUAAAAAGAAUUUUGUGUUGAUCAUUAUAUAUAAUGUUGGUUUUGUUUUGUCU